AUGGCUGACAUAAAAGAAGGAGGAUCUUGUAGUUUGAAAGGAGAUGAAACAGUUAGACCUGAAAUGGUAAAAGCGGCUUGGCACUUCAUGAUGGCGCCAAAAGUAAGGCAAACUUCAUGUGAGGAGCAGCGACGAUUCUUACUUGGAAAAGGCUUGACUGCUACUGAAAUUGAUUUAGCAUUCAGAAAAUCGUCAAAUAUUUGUAGUUCAUAUAACGAUCAAACUAUUAUGGAUCGAAAUGUGGUAUCGUCAGAUUCAUUCAUGAAUUCACUGGAAUUCCCUGCGAUCAGCAGUUUUUUUCAGCUUACCAAAUAUGCAGUCAUUCUAGCAGGUGCUUCAUUUGCUUCUUGGAAACUGAUAAGUUCGUACAUUUACCCUCGUCUCUUUUCCAUUUCCAAACCGCUAGAAGAAAGAAUCCUUAUAGUUGAAAAGAAGGUAAAUGAAUUGCAAAAUAUAGUUCGCCACGCGACAGCUGAGUUACUUCUGAAGUUACAAAUUAUUAUCGAUCAGCAGGAUGUCAUUGAUCAAAUUUCAAACCAGAGUGAUAGUGGUCUAGCGCAGCUUGAAGCAGUACAAAAGGGUGUCCAAAGUAUCAUUACUACUCUUACAACUAGAGAGCAUCUUUUAGCAGUUCGACCACUCGCAAGAAAGCGUUCCGCUAGAGGUUCUGGGAAGUUAGAAGCUAAAUCGCAUUUUGAGAAUGAUAAUCUGUAA